CUGUGUGUUUGAAUAUUGCCUUACAUUGGAAUAUUUUGUCUGAGAAUAGAACCUGUGCGCUGCCUGCCACGCAUCAUCCUGAGCUCCACAAUGUUCAGCUCCUACUCCAGAGCCUGGUGGAUAUUUCAGUGCAGCACAGAGUGAGUGCUACACUGUCGGGGGUGCCAUGUAUCCAGUUCCUUGGUGAUAAUACGGAAGGGGCUGGGGGUUUGAGCCCUGGUGUCAUGGCCAGGAAUGUUCUAUGCUGAAUGAUGUCUGUGAAGUUUGUAGAGCCAGAUGUGGCCCACACAGGAACCUGUCCUGGCAUGUGCCCAGAUAAAGAGAGAGAUGAACGACAGAGGCAAAAGAGACUUCACAAGUUUGAAAUCCUGGAGGGAACUGUGAGAGACCGGCUGCCUAGAGCCAACCCACACAGAAUAGUGAAGGAAUAUGCACGACCAGCAGCUGGAAAAGAAGCUGCACAACUGUGUGAGCUUCGCCCGGCUCACGUCCUCCUUAAGACUGUCCAUUAUCUGGUCAAUGAGAUUGUUCCGCGGCACGUUGAACCCUGGGCGGAAGUGUAUGAUUAUGUGUUUGACCGACUGCGUAGUGUGCGUCAAGAUAUGACCAUUCAAAAGGUCAGUGGGCCCAUCGCAGUGACCAUUCUGGAGAAGACUCUACGCUUCCUCCUUUGUGCCUCGUACUGGUUGUGUGAGGAACCCAUUCAGGUUUUCGAUCCAAAAAUGAAUGAUGUUCAUGCUCAGGAGUGUUUCAGUUUGCUACUUGCCAAUUAUUCUGAUGGGAAUUACAAAAAUGAAGUUGAAUUUCAGGCUCUGGCCAUUCUCUAUAACCUGGGUUCAGUGAAAGCUCUUCAAUACGCCUUACUCCUGCCACAUCACACCCGAGAUUCGCCUGACAUGAAGCUGGCAUUUGCCAUGAACCAAGCUUUAGCAGAGGGAAACUAUGUGCGAUGUCUGCGACUAAUUCGCCGCUUGUCCUUCCUGCAGAGCUGUGCAAUUUAUCGACACAUUGAACAAUUCCGGCAUGACCUACUUCGAGUUUUUAACUAUGGCUACAGCAGCCGCAACUGUCGCUACCCUCUCCAGAGGCUGGCAAACCUACUGGGCAUGGACAGUGUAUCCUCAGCUGCUGAGCUUUGUCAGCGCCAUAACCUGGAGGUGACAGAUAAUGCAGUGUGCUUCCAGAAGAGCUGCUAUAGAGAACCUAGUCCUGGGCCAAAGCAACAAGAACUGGGACUGGUCAGCAGAAAACAAGGAAACAGGACAAAGUCAAGCAUCAUUCAUGGCCACUGAGUUAAACCAGACUGAACAGCAGCUAACAGGGCAGCUCUCCUUGUACUCUCCCAGCUCCUUAACUUUCAAACACAUUUGGCCACAAUGAACUAAUCUAGGCCCAACUCGCCCAGUCACACCAUUUAGUCGUGUCCUAUCUGCUGUUGUGAAGGAAUUAGUGUGGACAGCUAAUGAGGUUCUGAGAGGGCUUGAUGGGAACAGUGUCAAUGGUGCUUUAUUCUGCAUUUGACCCUAUGUUGUCCCUGCCCUGGGAGUGUUUGAUGGGAAUAGUGUUCAGAGGAGCUUUACUCUGUAAUUAACCCGUUCUGCCCUAGAUGUGGGAGAGUGUGAUGAGGGACAGCGUAGAGGGAGUUUUCCUCAGUUUCUAACAUUGUGCUGUCCCUGUCCUAGGAGUGUUUGAUGGAGCAGUUGCAUUUCCAGCAUCAAUAUCCCCAUGACUAAAUUUACGCUAAAGACAAUUGGAGUGUUUGCAUUUUGUGAUGUCGAUUCACUGGUUCUUCCCCUGGGCUGUUCUUAUUUCUGAUGGAAAGUGAAUCCCUGCUAUUCUGAUUGUGGGAUUAAGUCCCAGUUCAGGAACUCUCACUUUACCUUUCUCUGAAUUUACAUUGUUCAAUACACUUUGAAAGUGGUAAAAAGGAAGUUAUAUUUUAAGGAGUGCCUUUAUAUAAAAUUUAUAAAUCAAAAUAUCUGUACUAUGGCUAUAGCAUGGCUGAUGUCUCACCUGUGACUGCCUCAUAGAAAGCUGGUACAGUAAGAUUGAACACAAAAUAAAGAUGAGCAUUUUUAUAGAA